AUGUGUUGUGUUGUGGCUAUUGUUUGUUGUUUUACUGUUAUUGUCUUUGCCGUUGUUGUUAUUAUUGUUGUUGUUGUUAUUGUUAUUGUUAUUGUUGUUGUCGUUGCUGUUGUUGUUGUUGUUGCUGAUGGUGGUGGUGAUCCAGUUGCUGACUGUAGUGAUAAAAGUUGGCGUUGCGUCAUUUGGUCAUUAUCAAUUUUCGAUUAUUGCUCAAAUAGCAAGAAAAUUGCCAAUGAUUUGUGCCCGAAAUCAUGUGGUACUUGUUCUGAUCAAUUGAGAAACAAACCAAAAACACCAAUAACAACAACAAUAAAGCCUGGAAUGAAGUCGAUCAUACCAGGCUUGCCAUCAGAACUACCUAUUAGCACCAAUAUCAAUAUUGCGGAAAUACAGCAUACAACCACCACUACUCCUUCUAAUACUGUUACUAUUAUUAUUACUACUACUACUACUACCACUACUACUACUACUACUACUACUACUACUACUACUACUACUAUUACUACUACCACUACUACUACCAUAUCUACUGGCAUAUCGACAAGCAUUUUUGAAAGUACAAGGGAAGUAUUACACGUUAAAUACAAAGUUGAUCACCAAGUUGGUUGA